GGUAAGGAGGAGAUGGAGGCCCGUAACAUAACAUGAAAGAGGCCGAUGUUAGAGAAUGCCCAAGGCGAGAUGGCUGCUAGCGACGAAGAUCUUUUUUGGUUUGAGAGAGAGAGAAUAGGGUGGAGGUGAGGUCGGUCACACGACGGAGAAGAGAAGAGAAGAGAAGAUCCUUCCUCCCCUCCCUCCUCCGCAGCCAUGCUUGGUCUCAGAGCCGCUACUCCCACGCCCUCGCUUUCCCGCUUCGCGCGCCGCCUCCCGCCGCUCCUCGCCUCUGCGCCCCUCUCGCCUGCGCCUUCCGCCCGCCCGACCUUCUCCUCCACCCGACACCCUCCCUUGCGCUCCGCCUCCGCCUCCGCCGGCCUCUCCAGGCCCACCACCAGGGUUUUCUGCACUGGAGCUACUACUGCUCCCAGGGAGGGAAGGGAGUUGCUAGUCCAGCAUUUGCUCGUUGGCGAACAGGAUGUUAGGCUUUUGGUCGAUCUCGAGAAAUCCAUCAUUACAGGAGGUGCGGACUUGAGCGAUUUAGCUGUGGAGUACUCUUUAUGUCCAUCAAAAGAAAAUGGUGGAAUGCUGGGGUGGGUUCGAAGAGGACAGAUGGUUCCAGAAUUUGAGGAAGCAGCAUUUGGUGCUCCUUUGAACAAGGUUGUACGGUGUAAGACAAAAUUUGGAUGGCACUUGUUGCAAGUGCUUGCUGAGAGAGACCAAUGUGUACUGCAAGACAUUACACCAGAAGAGCUGCAUGCAAAAUUGCAAGAUCCAAUCUUUCUUGAGGAAGCUCAGUUGAUUGAUGUUCGGGAGCCUGAUGAAGUAGAGAAAGCUUCUCUUCCAGCCUUUAAAGUUCUACCUCUUCGCCAGUUUGGAACUUGGGGACCAGUUAUGACAGAUGAAUUUAAUCCUCAGAAGGACACUUAUGUUCUGUGCCACCAUGGUAUGCGCUCAAUGCAGGUAGCUAAAUGGUUGCAGUCACAGGGGUUCAGAAAAGUUUACAAUGUUGCGGGUGGAAUUCACGCUUACUCCGUUCAAGCCGAUUCUUCCAUCCCGACUUACUAGACAUCUCCAUGAUCACCAAUACAACAUCACAGCCUUUCGUACGUGUUCCUUUUUCAGGCCAAACGGAAAGCAUGUUAAGUAUAGAAUGAUAGCACUUUCCACAAUGGUUUUGUACGGAAUAUUGUUACCAGAAACUCAGAGCUAAGGUUUUAUUUUUUCCUCACGCCAUUGUUAUUUGUCA